AUGACUAUGGAUACGAAGUGGAAUGCGCGGAGAAGACGCGCUAUCCAGUCCGUUUUCCAAACAGACAUAUCACAGCCUACGCCGUAUUCGACGCCAUCCAUACGGUUUCCCGAGCAUGGCCAGGCUUUUGGGGGGCCAUUGGCUCAGACACCCCGGAAAGGAGGCGUUGAGGCACAGCUUUUCCUUUCGCCAAACAAUGACUAUGCCACACAACAAACCCGCUUUGACCGGUCGUGGCACGUGGUCACGUCCCGCAUAGCACUUCCAGCCUCCGUGACGGCGGAGGAUUCCUUCGGGUCGCUACCGAACUCGCAGGAUCUCGAGGAUGAAGCAUUCCGGGAGGCUCUCCGUGAUGUGAUAGACCCGGCUAGACGUCUUCCGCUUGCAACUCAUACCGAUGAUAUCUUAGAAUGGCAUACCCAGCAGGUCCGGUUGCACUUUGUUACCAAUGUCCUACCAUUACUCGCAGUCUGCGAUGGCUACUCGGACCAGACACAAUCCUUAUUAGGCAGCAUACGAACUCUAGAAGCUGCAUAUAGACAAUACGUAUUCGGUCUCCGGUUGAUCUUCCGUGUUAUGGACGAAGACGAGGGAGAUCGUGCUCUAAUGAAAUUCCAGCGUGAUAUACAUGCUCUCGUAGGGAACUCGAUGUCUAAUGCCCUGAUGGAUGCUCUAAAGUCGGUCCUCGGCAGUUUAAUGAAGACAUUGCUUGGUGUUAAGGGGCCAGAGGAUGCACUUAAACAUGGGGAAAAGAUGAUAAUAGAAUCCGACAAGGUGGAAAAAGCAAAAAGGGAAUUGCAUGAGUUACUUGACUCACUUAAUAAGGUCGGCCUGGCUGGAGAACGGUUUCAAAUUCUAUUUGCAGAACUUCUCGACGACAUAAUGAUCACCUAUAUUCAAGAGACCUUUGCCGGGAUAUGGGAACCUAAUGACGACCUAAAAAUGAGAUCACGUCUUACUACUCAUCUUCGAGUACAACCGACAUGCAUAAAAGAGCUCCUGGACUGGGUCGAAGACAUGUAUGCAAGACUGGCCGCAGAGGUGAUUGGCACUCUUGGUGCCGACGUAGAUGUUGCCUGGGCAGAUGUAACGAAAUGGAAGGAGAUCGCCACUGGGCGGCUUGCGGCACUCCGCAUCGACGAGCUGUUCGAUAUUGUCAUCAACUGGCCGAAUAGCGAAGGAGGAAUCGAUGACCUCCGCUACGCGGUCACGACACCUCAACGACGCUUACAACUGACAGACGCAUUCUCGUCCACCUUACAAAAGCGCUUACUGCAUGCUGGACGUUCGACGCUAGAUAUACUCCGCACAUAUAUUUCUAUGAUCCGAACAUUCCACAAGCUUGAUCAUACGAGGGUGCUUUUAGACCGAGUAGCCUAUUCUCUCCAGAUGUACCUAUGUACCCGGGAGGAUACCGUACGGAUUAUCGUUACGGGGUUAUUAGCCGGUCGAGAGGAGGUUAACACCGAAGCUCGGAAUACGAAGUUGGUUGAGCUUGUCGAGUUAUUACUGCAAGAUUCUAACGACUACCGUAAUGAACGGCAAGACGAGGACUUCGAUGACUUGGAUUGGGCCCCUGCACCCGUAGAUGCGGGCUCCAAUUAUAGACGGCGGAAGUCUGAGGAUGUCAUCGGUACGCUUAUAGGCGCCUUGGGAUCACCAGAGGUGUUCAUUAAGGAAUUCCAGAGUAUUAUUGGGGAGCGGCUAUUAUCUGAGCAGUCAGGGUUCAAACAAGAAGUGGGCGUACUCGAAUUACUAAAGAAACGGUUUGGCGAGUCUUCGUUGCAGGCUUGCGAUGUGAUGAUCAAAGAUAUCCAAGACUCGGCUCGACUUGACGGCGUCAUCCACCGCGGGGCUGUUAAUCACCCAGAAAAAGUAGACCGAGACUGGACAAUCCACGCGAGAAUCCUAUCUCGACUUUACUGGCCCGAAGUGGGAGAAGAACGUUUCCACUUACCUCCUAGCAUUACUGAAAUGCAAAAGAUGUACGAGACCAUAUUCGAACAUCUCAAACCAUCACGCAAGAUCAAAUGGCUUAAUCAUCUCGGCCAAGCCACAGUGGAGCUCGAGCUCGAAGACAGAACGAUCUCGGAGCAGGUUCAUACAUACGAAGCGGCUGUAAUUUAUGCCUUUAGCGAGGAGAACUCGUCCAGCUGGACUUUUGAGGAUCUGUGGAUGAAGCUUGAAAUGGACGAAGAUCUUCUCACGGCGGCGCUGGAAUUUUGGGUGAAGAAGCAUGUGCUCCGCAGACAUGCUGAUAACACCUAUGUCGUUAUUGAACGCCUCUCAGAUGCUGAACAACCGUCAUCGCUCCAAUCAGCCCAGCCGUCGACCGCCGCCGCCGUCGACGCAACGUCAGGAACGCCGCGAAAAGCCAAAUCGGGUAUGAGUGAAAAGGAGAAGGAGAAGCGACAGGUGUAUUGGCAGUUCAUCGUCGGCAUGCUUACCAACGCAAGCUCCACCAUGCCUCUCGGCCAAAUUUCAAUGAUGAUGAAAAUGUUGAUCGCUGACGGUUUCCCCUGGAGCAACGAAGAGCUGCAGGAGUUCCUGGGCGAGAAGAUAGCUGAUGGUGAACUCGAAAUUGUGGGGGGUAAAUAUAAGCUCAUCAAAAAGUGA